AUCCCUAAUUUUCAUGCAUGAAAAUUCAAAGCAAUAAAAAUUUAAAAUGCUUAAAAUUAUAAAAAUUGUAUAAAAAAAUAAAAAUCAAAUUCUGCCAAGCCUAAAUGUAACUCAUAUCAAAAGUUAGCUGCCUUUGUGAUAUCACCAGAAGGACUGGUGAUGUCAUGUUCUGUUGCUGGCAACUGGUGAGUGGAGAAGCUGUGUCCAGUCUGGUUCUGCAUGGACUGGCCUCAGCAGGGCUGGACUGCGUGGAGGACAUGAACCUGUAUUUGCUCCUCCUGUCUCUCCUGCUGGCAGCUGUACUCCCUGUGCCUGUGCCCCAAAGGCCCAGCCAAUCCAUUGCUGAGGAUUUCUCUGCUCCCCUGGAGCUCCCACAGCAGCACUUUGGCCUGGUGGAUGAUUAUGGCAUUAAACCAAAACGACUGCAGUUCCUGACUCAAGAGACUCGGGCACAGCCCAAGGGCCUGUACCAAGCACGCAAGAGCAAACGGGACGAGCCAGACAUGAAUGAGUAUAACUAUGAUGCCAAUCUAUGAGCUACUAGGGAACAUGCCACGUUGGGGUUCCUGCAAGGUGGGGGCUGGGAGCCAGGUCUGUAGGCUCCACUUGUUUCUUCUACUGCUGGAGAUGAGGUUGUAGCUGAAGACAGAAGUCCUUCAAAUUUACCCUUCCCUUUCUACAGGUUGUGUGUCUCUUUUUGAGUUUUGUGGGGAUCCCAGAGCUCUGGGUGCUAAAAACUGAGACUGCUACUGCUUGGUGCUAGUUGUCAGAGCAGCUGCGGGCAAUGAUUCUUGAUCUCCCCUAGCUCUGAGGAGUGAGGUGAGGCCAGCAGGGCUGGGGGCUCUCUGAGACACUACAGGU